CUUGGGAGAAGCAGCUCAGCAAAUAACUGCUAAAAUAUAAGAAGGGGGUUAGAAAGAAAGACAUUUUUGCUGGAAAGAGAUACCUAAGAAGCUGCCACCAUGAAUGGAACAGAAGGCCUUAAUUUCUAUAUCCCCAUGUCAAACAAGACUGGUGUUGUUCGGAGUCCAUUUGAAUAUCCCCAAUAUUAUUUGGCAGAUCCAUGGAAAUAUUCUGCCUUGGCUGCGUAUAUGUUUCUUCUGAUUUUGCUUGGAUUUCCUGUCAAUUUUCUAACCCUGUAUGUCACCAUCCAACACAAGAAACUCAGAACACCGCUGAACUACAUCCUGUUAAAUUUGGCAGUAGCCGAUCUUUUCAUGGUCUUAGCUGGCUUCACCACCACCAUGUAUACUUCCAUGAAUGGAUAUUUCGUUUUUGGUACAGUAGGAUGCAACAUUGAAGGCUUCUUUGCUACAUUGGGUGGUGAGGUGGCUCUUUGGUCUCUUGUAGUCCUGGCUAUAGAAAGAUAUGUAGUAGUUUGUAAGCCCAUGAGCAACUUCCGUUUCACCGAAACUCAUGCCAUAAUGGGAUUGGCUUUCACUUGGAUCAUGGCUUUGGCUUGUGCUGGUCCUCCUCUAGUUGGAUGGUCAAGAUAUAUCCCAGAAGGUAUGCAGAGUUCAUGUGGAAUUGAUUAUUAUACACCAUCCCCAGAAGUCUAUAAUGAGUCCUAUGUCGUCUAUAUGUUCGUUGUACAUUUUCUUAUUCCCUUGGCGAUUAUCUUCUUCUGCUAUGGUCGUCUUCUCUGCACCGUUAAAGAGGCUGCUGCUCAGCAACAGGAAUCAGCCACCACUCAGAAGGCUGAGAGAGAAGUCACUCGCAUGGUUAUCAUUAUGGUGAUUGCCUUCCUUGUUUGCUGGGUCCCUUAUGCCUCUGUGGCUUUCUAUAUCUUUACUCAUCAAGGAUCUGACUUUGGUCCUGUCUUUAUGACCGUCCCAGCCUUCUUUGCGAAGAGCUCUGCAGUCUACAAUCCAAUGAUUUAUAUCUUAAUGAACAGACAGUUCCGCAACUGUAUGAUCACCACGCUUUGCUGUGGAAAGAAUCCUUUGGCAGAGGAAGACACUUCUGCUGGCACCAAGACAGAGACAUCUACAGUCUCCACAAGUCAGGUUUCCCCUGCGUAGAUCUCGUACGGAAGCCCUUGAUUUCCGAAUACUUCAUUUGAGUGGCAGAAUACUUUUCCCUCUCACCAUUCCUUAUUGUCGGCAGCAUACCACUUCCAAUUCACCUGGCAGCAUAAACUCUAUAUUGCAGAUUGUGAUGACAAGAGAACGAAGUUAUACACGUUCCACUUGCAAUCCUAUUUACUUUUACUCUGGAAUAUGGGAUCCAAUUUGUUUUAUAUUGCAAAAUAAGGCUUGCUUUUUUGCUGAUAGGUCAUAUAGGAUUGCAUUUUAAGUGGUGCAAAUCAAAUCAGCGCCAUGAAAGAACAAGAAGGUUAAUGGCCCCAAACUUAGUUAGAUACCCUGAAGCAUUAGCUUGUAUCGUUACAAAUGCAUUUAAUUCUUAUCUUAAGGCUGUUUGGCGCUAUCUGUUCCUAAGUACACAUUGCUGCCUCUGUUGGGUUUCCAUUCUUUUCCUAAGUUUUGUAUUCAAUGAACAUUUGCACAUUCAUGGUAGCAAUUAGACCUGGAUUUUUGUUUUCUUAUUUCUUAUGAUACCUGGAGACUUAUCUGAGCUUAAUUUGCAGAAAAAUUAUCAAAAUGUACCACUACAAUCUCAUGUUUGUGUACUAAGAGAGUGGAUAAUGGUGACAGAGAGUCUACUUCAUACUGGUUUGAUAUCCUCACACAGUUUGGUAGCAUGAAGUGGAAUGGUUCCAUUUCAUCUAAUCAGUACAAUUUUCAGUAAAUAAAACUACAAUGUACUUCUCUCAAGAUCAGAGAGAUACCAUUAGUGCAAAUGAUCUCAGUUAAAAAAUCUGUUGCAUUGGACAGGAAUUAUGUAUUAAACUGAUUGAUUUUUAACAGUUAUAUUCCAGAUGUUCAGGGACAAUCAGCAGUCUUGGAGUACCUUAUGAAAAGCAUAAAAACAAGGAAUCUUCAGAGAAAUUUAGUUGGGGCCUUCAGAUAACCUAAAGACAGUAGGAACAUUCCCCCCCCCCAUUUCCCCUCUAUCCAGCAACCUACAGUAUGCCCUUGGGAAAGGGCUAAGGCUCUGCUGAACAAUACAGAGGAGAAAAGGGAAGAACUGCUAAGGAAGGAAGGAAUUGUCCCAAAUCGGAUUUGAAAUCUAUGAUAAGUUAAGGAAGUUCGCAGAAGGAGCAACAUCCUAAAAAAAAAAAAAAACCAACCCUCACCACCAGAUGAUCAGCAAAAGACAAUUUUCAGCAGCAUCAAAAGGCAUAGGAAAUAAGCCAAGCCAAUUUAUUGGGUGAGUUUCCUAGGAGAGAGAAGACAAAGCUGAGCACCAGCACUGAAAAUCUUCCCUUCUUUAGCUACACCUGCCUUACCCAAGAAGUUGAAAGGUAUCUGCUCCCAGCACAUGAAUGCAAUGGGAAUUGCCCAGUAAAUGCAUGCACGAAUUUGAGGGAAAGAAAAGCCAGGCUUCCCUCCUACAGAAUGAAGUCACGCGGCACAAUUUUGUGCUAUGAGAGUAUCCCAGAAUGUGAGGGAAAGGCCUUAACAUCAGACUAGAUCACAGCUGCAUUUGGAAGAAAACUAUUUGCUGAAGCACAGCUUAUUUAGCUUUCCUACACUGUAUAUAGUACAAAACUCCAAACAAAACAAAACAAAACUGCAGAAUCACGAAUGAAUUUUGGGGGGUACUGAGCAAAACAUGAGGCAAAGCAAUACUUCUGAGAUUGUACCUGAAUCUCUUUAUCUUUGCCAAUUAAAUACAUUGAACAUUUUAGCGUUAUCUCAUGAAUGAAGAAUAACCUUUUAAAAUCAUCCAGAACCAGACGUUGUUCAUAGUAUGUUUAGGUGUGUGUCAUGUAUAUGUUUCACUUUGAGAGCAGGCAACUAAAUUUCAUUUUUGAUGUGUGCCAUUGUGCCCACAGUAUAAAAAUGACAAUAAAGGUGAUCUUAUCUUAUGUUUUCUUAAGCUCCUCAUUUAGAUAGAAAUUGUUUGAGCUAUUACGAGAUCACAGAACUUUCCCCAGGAUUCCAAUUGCUGUGUACUUACAUGAAGAAAGAACACUCAUAAACUCUAGUUUCUCAUAAGAAGUUGAAAGAUGUGGCUUUUAUAUUCUUAAUGUCUGAAAUAAUGUUAAUAUUUUGAUUGUGACAGCCAAGCCACAGCUGGGCUGGGAGAAACAGCUGGGAGCAAAUAAUUACCAUACUGACUUGAAAGGAAGAUGACCCUGCCCCCUUGCCCCCCAAAUAAUUGCUUGGGGGAGGGUGUGUGUGACAGUCAUUGGGAAUGUAAUAGCAGAGGAAGAGAUGGUUGAAAGUGAGCAAAUGGGUGGAAAAUGUAAAUAAUGAGAGGGAGGCGCAUGGCCUUAGCUUCAAGGGGACAAGGUAAACCUGUUCCCCUUUCGCCUUGUAUAGUGAGCAUUUUACACAAAGAGUUUCUUUACUGAUAAGGAUUCUAAAAUAAUACAGGAUUCUGCUUUUUUUUAGUAACUAAUAGAGUGGGGAUAGCAUGCUGACUGAACACAAUGAGUCCUAGGCCAACUUUCCUUGGAGUAAGAGCAGGUAGAGGGUUUUUUUUUUUUUUUUGUGCUUUCUUUCUUGCAAGGGAAAGGAGAAAGAACUCAGCUCAAGAGACCCCAAGAAUCUUGUUUUUUUCUGAUUUGCUCUCCAACUUAUAUGGAGAAUACUAAGCUGAGCACAUCUAGGUCCAGUACAGUAACAGCCUAUGCAUACAUACCAUGUAUAUAGCUUUAUGCCACAAUCCUUCGCAUGGGAUUUUUGUGUGUCUUUUCUCUGUCUAAUGUUCCUUUGUGGGAAUUUUUAAAAAAAUCAGGUUCAUCUUCAUUUUAGACCAAAUAUUUCAUCUUCAUUUUAGUCCUUUAAACUUAAGGAAGUUUGCCAGCAUGAUCAUGGGGUAGAGGAUGGAGACUCUAAGACCAAGAAGGCAGAUGUGCUAAGGAAUAGGACAGUCAAGAGAUAUAAUAAGGAGUGUCUUUAAGAAACAAAGACAUGAUAGAUAAACCAGAAUGCAGGAAAAGCUUAGUAGGGAAAGUAUACUGAUCAUGGCUUCUGGAAUUUCAACACCAUUAUCAGUAGUGGUCCAUUAUUUGUGGUUCUUUCUAUGCAAUGAAGGGAGGUUUUGCUUUGUAUUAUGCAUUUUCUACUAUCCCUUUGAGCUGUAUUUUUGCAUAUAUGUGGGUGUGGGUGGGUGGAUUUAUGCGUGUGCAGGAAGAAGCAUAGGAUGGGUUCAUAUACUUCUUUCUGUGUUCCAUGAUGAAAAGAGAAAUGGCUUGGUUUAAAAUGAAAGCCUACAACAUUUUGAGCUGAUGCCCAAGUAUUUUUCCCAUAAGGAUGUUUUACAGCAGUGUUCAUCAAAAUGUGGUCCAAAGGGCCCUGAGUGCCCCUGAAGACCCUCUCAGGGAUUCACAAAAUCAAAUUAUUUUCCAGUUUAUGUCAAAAAAUAAUAUAAUAUUAAAAUCCCAUCAAACAAUUAUGAGAAGCAGUAGUGGCAGCGGAUUUUAAUUUUUUUUAAAAAAAAAUUAAUAUGGUAAAUAUAGACAACCCAUCCAAACAAAAGCUCUUAUGGAGUCCUUCAUAACUUUUAAAAGUGGGAAGGAUUCUGAGGGAAAAAUGUUUAUGAAACACUCCAUUAAGGAAUGUUUUCUUAACAUAUUGUAAUUUUCUUCAUCACCCCAGCCAGUUAUUUGGUCCUAUUAUGUUCUGCUUUUAGAUCAUUAUCUUGAUGAUAGACUGAUAGAAGGACAAACAGAGUCUCACAUCUUUUUCCAUCACUUAUUUCCAGCAUUCUACAGGAAAGGGAACCAACACAAAGCAUCACAGAUAGGGAAUUAAGAGGCAAUAUAAUACCAAGAAGAAAGAAGCAAAGGUGGAGACACCUGUAGUCCACCUAGCUUCUGCUAAUGACAUGGAUAUACCCAUGCAAAAGCGGGUAAGAACUAAGGCAGGUCCAAUGGCUGUGUACAGGUAUGUUGGAUCAGGAUGGGCAGGCAAAACAAAACACUUGAAGUAAUAUGGUAAGAAAAUGCUUGAAUCUGAUUUACAAAUCAUCCACAUCUUUCACUUGAAUUGCAUGAAAGCCAGAAGGGGAUUGUCUCUUUAUUGUUUUUAGAAAACUUCUAAAAACCCAAAGACACAGAGUGUGCACAAAUCAACUCGAAGUUAACUCAGUUUUGGAUGCAUUGUGGGGCAAAUAUGAUUUCCUGUAGGACCUUGAUGGAUCAGAAGCUAGGAAAUUUGAAAUGGGAAUUUUCUUCCUUACACACACACACACACACACAGACACACAGACACACACACACACACACACGGUCAAAACCAAGUCUUUCUCCCUUGGUUUUCCCACUGUCUUACAAGAAUAUGAUUGAGGUUUUGAGAGAGAUGCUGUAUAUGAUGCUGUUCUCACCUAUGCAGUCAUUGCAGGGAACUAUAAUUAAACUAAACUGAAAGGGUGAAGCAGUAGAAUAGACUUGAAGACUUGAAGAAGUGGUACCCAAAUUUUCUCCCCAUAAUCCAGAUACCGAGCAUGUGUGCUCUGUGCAAAUAGCGUAAGCAUAUAUUACAAGCCGGUUGCAGAUGGCUUUUUGCCUGCUUAUCCAUCUUUCUUUUGUCCUUCUCCUCCUCCUCCUCCUCCUCCUCUUUGAAUGCUGUAUAUAAAAUGAUGUAAUCAAAGACCUGAGUUAGAGAAAUGGGCAAUGUUUUCCUUGGUGCCACAUGGCACGUUUCCAUGGUAGCAUACCCUACCUGUCAUAUGACUUCAUUUAUCUCAGCUCCCCUCCCAGUUUCUCAUACAGACCACACAGCUUCUGACCUUGAAUUUCUGGCGGGCACCUUUUUCACUUUCAGCUUGAAUUCCAUUUGGCAGACGCCCAAACCAAAGGUUCUUGGCCAACGCCGUCUCUUCAGAAGAUUUAUGGUAGCUAGCUUAUCUUCACUCUAGUGCAAGCCAACCAGCAGAGCAUAUGGACAUGAGAUGGCAACAUAUGUUUGCGAAGCUGCAAGAUGGCAUAGCGUAAUGGUAUUGAAGUAUUUGGAUUUUUAUUUUUAGUGCUGCUAUUUCUUUUUUUUAAAAAAAGAAAACAACAACCCACAUUUCUCUGUGUUUAUAAUUACAGUUCUGGAGAAUAUUUCUGUAUCACAUGAUUGUCUUCAACUUUACAGAGUGCUAGGAAGGUAGCUGGAAACAAAACAUUUGAGUCCUUUAAAAAGAGCUAUUUGCAAGCAUCCUUUUUGAUUUAACUGACAUUUUGAUAAGUUAAGCUCUGUGCACUGAAGCUGAUGUCCCAUUACUUAUUUGGAAGAAAAAUAGUUGGUUUGGAAUAGUGGGGAAAAGAAAAUGAAUAUUUCACUUAUCCUGGAAAUACCUAUACAUCUCUAUCUUUCUGUGGGUGCAUUCAUUUAUAUGCAUGAAUGUAUAAUAAAGGUAGUCCUUGAUUUACAA